AUGACUGACACCGACCUCACCACCCUCCCCCCGAACUUCUACCCCACCUACGAAACCUGCCCCUCCAUCUCUCCCCUCUGCCCCGUGAAGGCCACAACCCUAGGCUACUCCCCCAACCUCCCCGUCAACGUCUUCCUCGCCGUCGGCUUCGGUCUUUUCGGGAUCAUCACCCUCCUCACCGGCCUCUGGAAAAAAACAUGGGGCUUCUCCACCACCGUAGCAGCAGGUUGCAUCCUCGAAUGUGUAGGCUACAUCGGUCGCGUCCUCCUCAGCGAAAACGCCUGGAACGCCGACGCGUUCAAGAUGCAGAUUGUGGCUAUUGUUCUUGGCCCAACGCUGGUGUGCGUCGGGUUGUAUCUCACGUUACGACACAUCGUCAUCAGCUUGAACCCGGAGAUGUCGAGGAUCGCACCGAGACUGUACCCGAUAUUCUUUGUGCCCGCGGAUGUGAGCUGCUUGGUGAUUCAGGCCAUUGGGGGGGGGGUUGCGGCCGCGGCGGGGAGGGAUAAUUAUGAUAUUUUGAAGCACGGGAAUCGGAUCAUCAUGGCGGGGAUCGUGCUUCAGGUUUUGGUUCUGGGGGCGUUUGGUGGGCUGGCGGGGGAUUACCUAGUCCGGGUGAGGAAGGGUUUUAAGCAAAACCCUGGGAUGGAAGGGAGCGCGCUGUGGAAGGAUGGGAAGUUUAGGGGGUUCUUGUGGGCGAUGGGGGGCGCGUAUGCUGCGCUGUUGAUUAGGUGUGUCUAUCGGAUUGCUGAGAUGGCGGGUGGGUGGGGGAAUCAUAUCAUGCAGCAUGAGUCGAGCUUUGUGGUGUUGGAGAGCUUUAUGGUGUUGAUUGCGUGCGGGUUGUUGGCUUGUGCCGCGCCUGGGCUUUUGUUCCCUGAGAUGUCGCAUGACCAGAGGGUGAAGAAUAUGGGCAAGGGGAGGCAGCAGGGGGGUGUGGAUGUGGAGAGCGGUGCGGGAGAGAAGACUGCAGGUACUGGUGCCAGUGCCAGUCCUUCUGAUACGGAGAGGCGGCCGGGGACUGGGGAGGGAAUCUGA